AUGGCCGGCGCGUUGCUAUGGCGCGGCCCCGCCCCGCCCCUCUCCGCGCGUCCCAACAUGGCGGCGGCGGGCGGGGGCCGGCGGGCGCUGCUCCCGCUCCCGGUCCCGCUCCCGGUGCCGCUCCCGCUGCUGCUCCCGGUGCUGCUGGCGGCCGCCGCCACGGCGCGCCUGUACCGGCCCGGGCACGACCCGCUGACCGUGCUGACGGCCGGCUCCGUGCGGCCGGCGCUGCUCAACUCCUCGGCCGCCUGGGUGGUGCAGUUCUACAGCUCGUCCUGCGGCCACUGCAUCGCCUUCGCGCCCACCUGGCGAGCGCUGGCGGGGGACGUCAAAGACUGGGAAUCUGCAAUUCGAGUUGGAGUGCUGGACUGUGGGGAAGAAGGGAACUAUGAGACGUGCAAGGAAUAUGGGAUUCGCUACUACCCAACCCUGAGGUACUUCAAAGCAUUUACAAAGCAAUUCACAACUGGAGAAAAUUACCAAGCAGGAGGAGAUCGAGAGCUGCAGACCCUUCGUCAGAUGAUGAUCGACUUCCUGCAGAACCAUUCCCAGGAGCUGAGGCCUCCUGCUUGCCCACCACUGGAUCCAGUGUUGUCCAGUGAUCUCCCAUCUCUUUUUGACAAGAGCAGCCACCACUACACAGCCAUUGUGUUUGAGAGCAACAGCUCCUACGUGGGCCGAGAGGUCAUCUUAGACCUGAUCCAGUACGAAAACAUCGUGGUGAGGAGAGCCCUGAAUUUUGAUAAACCUUUCCUGGAGAAACUGGGGAUCACCUCAGUCCCCUCUUGCUACCUGAUACAGCCCAAUGGCAGCCAUGGAUUAAUUAACAAUUUGAAGCCCCUACGAUCUUUCUUUUCUUCAUAUUUAAAGUCACUGCCAGGUGUAAGGAAAAAACUCCUCCUGCCUCUGCAGCUGCCUGCUCCAGAAAACAAAGAGAGCACAGAAAUCAAGGUGUGGAAAGAGUUUGAUAAGUCCAGGCUGUACAUGGCUGACCUUGAGUCAGGAUUGCAUUUCCUGCUGCGGGUGGAGCUGGCCACGCACAAGGCGCUCGAGGGAGCUGAGCUGAAAACCUUCAAGGACUUUGUCACCAUCUCUGCCAAGCUUUUUCCUGGCCGUCAGCCUGUGGUGAAGUUGUUGGAGACCUUGCAGGAGUGGCUGGUGAGCCUUCCAUUAGACAAAAUCCCUUAUGAUGCUAUCCUGGAUCUGGUCAACAACAAAAUGCGGAUUUCUGGGAUAUUUCUGCCCAGGAAAGUGCAGUGGGUUGGCUGCCAGGGCAGCAGAGCAGAGCUGAGGGGCUACAGCUGCUCCCUCUGGAAGCUGUUCCACACCCUCACUGUCCAGGCUGCACUGAGGCCAAAAGCUUUGCUGAACACAGGCCUGGAGGACAACCCCCAGAUUGUGCUGCAGGUGAUGAGGAGAUACAUCCAGCACUUCUUUGGCUGCAAGGCUUGUGCUCAGCACUUUGAGGAGAUGGCCAAAGAAUCCAUGGAUUCUGUGAAAAGCUUGGACCAGGCAGUUCUGUGGCUCUGGGAGAAGCACAACGUGGUCAACAACAGGCUGGCAGGUGACUUGACUGAAGAUCCAAAAUUCCCCAAAGUUCAGUGGCCAACUCCAGACAUUUGUCCUGCAUGCCAUGAAGAAAUCAAAGGGCUGCACAGCUGGAAUGAGGAGCAAGUCCUGCAAUUCCUCAAGUCCCACUACAGCAGCGAGAAUCUCCUCUAUCAAUACACCCAGAGCCAGGCUGAGCCCAGUGACAACGAGCAGGGAGACACGAGGGAGCUGAAAGACAAAACCCUGCAGAAGAACUCGGGGGGAAAUGGAGAAAAGCAGCUCCAGGAGAAGGAGAACCCAGGAGAUUCAGGCUCCAAGGGCUCGGAGAAGGCAGCGGGGAAUCCUGGAGCUGUCCAAGGUAGCGGCAAAGGCGCAGCUGCAUCCGUGAGCCUCAAAGGCACCAGGCAGGCUGUGUCCUUCCUAGGGAUUGGAUUUUCCAACCUAGACAUGAGUCUGUGUGUCAUCCUCUAUGUGGCAUCAUCCUUGUUUCUGAUGAUCAUGUACUUUUUUUUCCGGGUGAGGUCCAAGCGCUGGAAAGUGAAGUCUCACCGCUCCUCGGUGUAGGAGCUCGCGCUGUUCGUGGCUCUUGGGUCCCAGACACAGCUUUAAUAUUGAUGAUCAGGGAUUUUAUAUGCAGUAUUCCUUGGGUCACACCCCUUUCUUCCUGAGGCAUUUCCCAGGUGUGGAGCUGGCCUUGAGAUCCCCAGGCUUUGCCCAGGGCCGCGUCCAUGUCCUCGCACGGGAGCGUUGCAUUCGGCAGUUGAGGUUUUUCCAUGACUUCCCACCAACAUCCUUUACUCAUUUCCAGAGUAAACAUUGCAUUAUGCAAUCCACUGUGCCUGCUGGAGAAGGAAAUUGGAUAUUGUUUUGUGUAUUUUCAAGUCAGGUGUUAUGUUUUGUUUUAAUUCCAUCCAGAGCUGAUUUCGCCUCCCGAGUGCUGAGCAGUUCCUCUGGGUGGUACCUUGAGCCUCACUGGGAGAAGCAGGAAUUCUGAUGAUUAUUUUCAGGAAACAACGAGUUCUCUUCUGAUUAAAUCAAUUCUAAAGCUCUGUGACUUUCUGAAAUACUAUUUACAUAUUUAAAGUAGGAAGCAUUUCAUGUUCAAAUCAUUCAUCCAUUCUCUGGUGCAUUCCAGCCAAGGAUAUGUGUGUGCCAUCACUAGGAUGAGAGUUUUGGGGCACAAUUAGCAGUCUGAUUCUGAUUGCUAAGUAAUUAUGGUGUUUUCCAGGUGGAAACCAAUCCUGAUGAACUCUAGGAAAGGAAAACAAUGUUUUUAGUGAAGGACAGCAAGGUUUGUGUUACUGUGGCAGAACAGGUUGGAAAAUCUACAAAUACUGAGUUUGUUCUGAUGAAUUUCUCCAUCACAAGAGAGCAAUUAACACUUCCCUUGGUAUUUCCACCCAGAGCUGCCCUGUUCUGGGAUGUCCAGUUCCCUCUAGAGCUCAGUGUGGGGUACUUGGAGCAGCAGUGAGAAGAAAUCAUGGAAACAUUACAAAAUCAUCCUUGGGAGUAGGAGUUGCUGUGAUCCUGGCUGGGGGGGAUAAUUCACGUCCUGGAUAGUGAAGUUUAUAAUCCUAUCCAAUGUAAUUGAGCAUGUUCUGGUUAUCCAUUACCUAAUCUUUAGUUAAUCCUAAUAGGUUUUGGCCUCAAUGUUUUCUCGUGGCAGUGAGUUCUCCAGAUUAAUUAUGUUAUAUAAAAAGGCUUUUCCUUUCAAUUCUACAUUUGCAACUUUUAAUUUAAUUGAAUGUUUGCUGGCUCCUCUGUUACACGAGAAGGACUAAGGGGUCCCUGGCCAAUUCCCUGCAUUUGUACCACUGCUGUGUCCUCCUCUGAUUUCCCUCAGAACCCCCAGCAUAGAAAGUUUGAAGCCUGGCAACAAAAAAGCACAGAAACCCCAGAGGGUUAUUUUCUCAUAAUCAAACAUUGGCUGUUCACAAAAUUGAGUAUUUCUGAUGUGUCUCUGCAGCAUCCAGCUGGAAUGACAAAGAUUCCCUGUCCCUUGUAGCUGAAGUUUAUCACAGUAACACCUGGGGCUGCUGUGAAUGUGUCAGAGGAAGAAAUCUCAGUUCCCAUGACCCUGCCAGUCCUGCAGAGGGGCUGAGUCUGUGUCCUGAGGACCCUCAGAAUUCCAGAGUUCUGGCAGGAGGAACCAUCCUGGUUCUUUCCUCUUUAGGAAUUUACGACUGCCAUCCUUAGAGCAGCUGGGUUUGGGUACUCAGAUAUUAAAGUUGGAGGGGAGACGACCCACCUUGCAUUGGUCAGCCAUCGACUCCACUUUAUUGAUCAAUCAGGCACUUUUUAUAACAGUGUUAAUCAAGUUCAUGCAUAUUGCAAAAUCUGAGCUCACAAUAGGUCAGAGAUAACACACCAACUCCUCCUUAUGUUUCCAAUACCAAGAUUUGGGUUCUCAAAAUUAUUCUUGCUUUCCCAAAACAGCCAAAGAUAGAACAUCCACUUGUUAUGAGAAAGCUGCCUGAGAACUCUGAUGUGCAAGGCUCUCAAAGCCUUCAUGUUUGUCACUUUUACCUGUAAUUAAAAAUAACCUGAGAACCUCUGCUGUUCACAGAAACAGGCUGUGAGAAUCUGCUCCUCACAGCUGCCUUCUAGGCCAUCUCUGAAAAAAUCUCCAACACUCAGACACCCUGUGAGCACAGAGGUGAUGCUGAGCCCGUGGGGAAGGGGCUCCAGGCUCAUCAGGGCCCUUGGUUUGGGCUGGAGCCCAGUGAGAGAUCCCAGGGAUCUCAUUCAGAGGAAAACCUGGAGAUUCCACACUGACUUUGGAAAAUCAGGUAACCUUGGGGUAUUCUCAGCCCACCAGCAAGGACCCUGAGCUUUAAAAGAAAACCCAAACACCAGGAAAACCUAACCCAGCACAGCAAUGUUGGAUCUGGAAAACUGGGCCAGUUAAUUCCUGCUGUCAGUGUUGCACAUUCUCAAGUUGAAAUUCAGCCACUGGUGGUUUAGAAUUCCAAUACACACACCUGGUUUCAUAAGCUGUGACUCAUUCUGCUCAUUUUUGUCAGCACAUGAAAGCAAAAGGCCUUGGGGCUUUGUAGGGAUGAUUUUGCCAUUAAAAACCAGCAAGUGUGGGUUUGGAAUAAAGUUUGGGAGGAAUAGAGUUUGGAAUAAAGUUGAACUUCCACAUUGCUGUGACCCUGCUGCAAACACAACAAAAUGAACCAAUACUCAAACUUCAGUGGCUUUUUUUGUCUCUUCAGAGUAUGAAAGUAUGAAAUUAAUGAAAUUAGGAUAUUGCUUGUCCAUGUUGGUGCUCCAGCUCUUGCCAGUGAAUCAGCCAAGGCCUUCACUUCAGUGUCCUCAUCUGGGAAGAUUUUCUUGAUUUUUGAAUUCACUUGAGUAAAUCUUGGGUUUGUUUUCUGUCUUUGUAAUGACAAAUUUUACCAUUUUAUGUCUCUGUACCAAUACAGUCUGUGCUGGGGGAUUGGUGCUGCCAGGAAAGUGUUUCUGGUUUAAAAAUUGCCUCCAAGCCCCACAUCCUCAACCUUGGAGUGUUUAUUUGUGUGUGUUGUCCUGCAGUGCCACUUCCCUGUGGGAAUUGUGCUGUGCUGGGGCGCUCCCUUGGCCCUUUGUAAUUCAUCAUUUCUUUGCUCUCAGGAUGUUUUCAAAUAGGAAAUAUUGAAAUAAAAGGAGUAGAAUGUGCCAGGAGAGACAAAAGCUGCAAGUGCUAAAGAAACCUGAUGAAGUGAUUUGUGAGAAUUCCUAAUUUUCUGUUUCCAGCAGUGCAUCCACCCUGCUGUUCCUGCGCAGAACAAAGGUCCCAGGUGUGGUGUUGCACAUGAGGUGUUGAAAAUAGUGACAAUACCAUUUCAGUAAUUUAAAUGUUCUAUUUAUUUGAAGUCAAUAACUUGACAUCUUCAAGUCUGUUCUGGUUGGGUUGGAUUUUUAUUGUCUCAUUCCUCUCUUGGAAGGAAAAGUGACUGUUUUGUACUAAAUUGUAAAUUAAUGUGCUUGUUUAAAAUAAACGGCAAACGUUUGGGCAAAGUGGA